UCUGCGAACCCGUAUCUCUCUCAGGUUUACCUUCGUUACAGUUUACAGUUACUCUGCAUCUCUCUAGCCGUUCCCUUAUCAUCGUUCCCCCUUGCAGCCGGGUUGCUCGGUGCUCGGUGCCGCCGUUUCCGUGCAACACGAAUCGUCGCUACCCCUUGCCGCCGUCGAUUCACAAACACAAACCCCGAUUGCUCGGUGCCGCCGUUGAUUCAGCUUAAAGGGGAAAGGGAAUAAUUGACUCCUUGCUUGGUUGAAGACUUGAAGCUGACUUUUUGUGUUAGCACAGAGCAAAGAAGGAACUGAUUUUGUGAAGAUGCUUCAGAUCCGGCUCAGAAGGACUCCAUCCACAGAAGCUGGCACUGGGGCAAAGUCCGUGCCAGUGGACACUGUGAAUGUUGCAUGUCCAGACCACCUUGUCCUUGCAGAUCUUCCUGUAGCCAAGGGCCUUGGUUCAGCAACUACUGCUUCACUUGUUAAGACUGUAGGUCGCAGGUCUCGCCGCCAGCUUGGUGAAAGGGUUCAUUUUUGUGUUCGCUGUGAUUUUCCAAUUGCCAUAUACGGUCGCCUGAGCCCUUGUGACCAUGCCUUCUGUCUUGAUUGUGCAAGGAGUGAUUCCAUCUGCUAUCUCUGUGAUGAACGCGUGCAGAAGAUUCAGACAAUCAAAAUGAUGGAAGGGAUCUACAUCUGUGCUGCUCCUCAUUGUCUCAAGUCUUUUUUGAAGAAGAUUGAAUUUGAAUCUCACAUUCAAGAAACACAUGCAGACCUUCUUCAACCAAAUGCAACUAAAGAAGAGGGGAAUGAAUCAGAGGCUGUAAGUGCCAAACAGUUGACAGCUUCAGAGUCCACUGCUCGAGCUCCCCCUAGGCCAGUUUUUUCUCCGAAUUCAAGUUCCCAGGCUCAUGAUCGUGAAGAGAAAGCUCGUCAUCCACAAUCUAGGGACCACCAACCUCCCAGGCAAAAUUUUCAGCCAAACCUGCCGCCUGCACCAUUUUUUGGACAAAUUCAAAAUCAUCCAUCAGAACCACAACCGGACAACUUCCCCCAAGGUAUUGAGAGGCCUGGUUCCCAGAGAAUGCAGCAAGAAUCUGGUCAAUCACUGGACAACCAGCAAGGAAUUCGGUGUGAGACCCCAUUCCCUGAUUACCCUCCUAUGCAUCAGCCACUUAAUUUUGCAGUGCCAGUUAAUUCAAAUCCAGUUUUGGCUCCUCCACCAUUCAGUUAUCCUCCUUUUGCACCAGAGGGAGCUCUUCCAUUUUAUGGUGCAUCUUAUGAGAUGGCACGGCCAGAUUCAGUACCAGAAGUUGGAUCAGAGCAAGGAUCAGUUUUGGGUUUCCCACCAGCCCCGGCAAGCGCUGCUAGUUUUCCAGAGGGUUUUGCUCGGCCAUGGAAUAUGGGACCAGCUGGUUUGCCCUUCGAACCCAGCAAUCAAGGCGCUACUGAUAGUUUUGCAAACAUGGCAGAUCCCCAGAGGCCUACUGCAUUCUUCCAAGGUGAUUAUGGGCGCAAUAUGGGAGUUGUGCCUCCAAAUUUACCUCUACCUUAUUUGGCAAACCAGGUGAUGGAACCGGUGCAGGCUAUGGACCCUAGGGAUGCCAAAGGUGUAUUGGCACCGCAGCCUUUGCCGUUUCCUCCACCUCCACCACCCCCACCACCUCAUAUGUCGUACAAACGAGAUGCGACGUCGCAUUCAGGUGACAUGGGUGGUCACGAUGGACGAGGUUUUGGCUACGAGAAGCAUGAUAGCUAUGGAAGUAGCCAGGAUUAGGGAAGCUGUUUGUUUGUUUUUUGCUAUCUGUUUGGAACACGUGCUGCUGCAUCAGCGGCAGUUUGUCAUAUUUGUCUGCAUUUGGUGUUUUCACUAAAAGGCACAUUUUCUCCCUUUUCUCCUGUUUGUGCCUCUACUUGAUUUGUACACUGCUUGACGUUUGCAUGAACACCGAGCUAGGCACGGGCAAACAUGCAAGUAGAGAAUGGGAUGAACUCUCUUUUCCAAGUC